AUGGCUGCUGCGUCACCUCAGACCUUCAUCAUCUUCAUCACGGCUCUCUUCGUCCUGUCAGGUGGACCUCUGGCACCCACCUCCUGUUUCAAAGUGAUGGAGGGGGGCGUGGCCUCCUUGUCCUGUCAGUACUCCGUGAAGCGGUUCGGUCUCAGUCGGGUCUGCUGGGGUCGUGGCUGCGGGACCUUCUGGUGCAGCAACGUCCUGGUGCAGACGGACGAGGAUGGCAUCAUCACCAAGGUGGACGACCGAUACCGGCUGACGGGGGAUGUUCUAGAUGGCCAGAUGGACCUGGACAUCCUGAGCGUGAGACGGACAGACAGUGGGCCGUACUGCUGCAGGGUGGACAUCGACGGCCUCUUCAACGACAAGAAGAUCAUCAUGAACCUGAGAGUGGUCCAAGCUCCAUCUAGCAGUCUUCCUCGCACUCCUUCAACCACCACCAGAACCUCCCACAAGUCCACAGAGACCUCCACGGACCCGACCACAGACCCGACCACGGACCCGACCACAGCAGUAAACUGGAAAACUCUGCUGUCAUCUGAGCUGGACCUUCUGAGGAGGAACUCUACCCCGCUGCGCUCCGACACCGUGGAGGACUCUCUACCUUCUGUUUCUGUACAGAUUAACGCUCCCGUCCUGUCGCUCUCCCUCAGCGUAUUGUUGGUCAUCGCUGCCGUUUUCCUCUUUCUGGCUUUUAAACGAGGGAUCUACAGAGGAGCUCUGAAGACCGACUGUUUUUCUUCUGAGGAGCCUCCUCACAUCAUCUACGAGAUCCGCAUGAGAAGAACGGUUCAGGAGAACAUCUACACUCUGGACUAG